AUGCCAGGUGCCAUUUUUGGCAGGGCAUUAGCACUAGCUUUAGGAGUGUGGGUCAAAACUGAAUAUGCAACUGGCAGCAGGAAGAGCCCAACACCACCUCUGCUCAAAGUGACCAUCAACCUGAUUGAUUUCUACUGGCUAUUGCUAAAUUAUAAGGUGAAGACCAAUUGUUUGACAAUACAUUAUCCAUUCAGUAACUAUGUGCAGCUGAACCAAUACAACGUGUCCAGAAUGCAGUGUGGUAAAGUAAUGAACCUUUGCAACAAAAAACAUAAGAUCUUUUACGAGGACAGGAACUUCCAGGGACGGCACUAUGAGUGCAGUAGUGACUGUGCUGACCUGUCCCCUUACUUUAGCCGCUGUAACUACAUCCGUGUUGAGAGUGACUGGUGGGUGGUGUAUGUGACACCUAAUUACAUGGGAUACCAGUAUGUUCUGAGCAGGGGAGAAUACACUGACUACCAGCGCUGGAUGGGAUUCAAUAACUGCAUCGGCUCAUGUCACUCCUACCCAUUUUUCAGUAGUAACUCCUACAGAAUGAGGAUUUACGAGAGGCUUGACUUUGGAGGACAGUUGAUGGAAUUCAUGGCGGACUGUCCAUCUGUCUACGAUCUUUUCUGUUACCAUGACAUUCACUCCUGCCAUGCGAUGGACGACUGGAUCUUCUAUGAACAUCCCAACUACAGAGGCCGACAGUAUUUCCCGAGACCCAGUGAAUACAGGAGAUACGGUGACUGGGGCGGCUACAGCUCAAAUAUCGGGUCUUUCAGGAGUAUGAUACAUUUCUGA